AUGGUUCCUGCCAAGGACACUGUGAUCAGGAUGUCUUCCAGUUAUAUUCCCACUCUGCUUUACUUUAUCUACGUGACAGCGUGCAUAGGUGAGAGCCCUGGAGAGAUCAAGAAGGACGAGAAAUUAUAUCCAGAAAAUUUUACACGUAUACUGGACAGACUGCUGGACGGCUAUGACAACAGAUUGCGACCUGGAUUCGGGGGUGCUGUUACCGAAGUCAAAACAGACAUCUACGUGACAAGCUUCGGGCCAGUGUCUGAUGUAGAGAUGGAGUAUACAAUGGAUGUGUUUUUCCGCCAAACCUGGGUGGACAAGAGGCUGAAGUACGAUGGCCCUAUUGAAAUUCUUCGCCUCAAUAACAUGAUGGUCACUAAAGUCUGGACGCCUGAUACGUUCUUUAGGAACGGGAAAAAAUCAAUUUCCCACAACAUGACAGCUCCAAACAAGCUGUUCAGAAUCAUGCAGAACGGCACAAUUCUGUACACUAUGAGACUUACCAUAAGUGCAGAAUGUCCGAUGAAACUUGUUGAUUUCCCAAUGGAUGGUCAUGCUUGUCCACUGAAAUUUGGAAGCUAUGCAUAUCCGAAAAGUGAGAUGAUAUAUACAUGGACAAAAGGUCCUGAAAGAUCAGUGGAGGUACCCAAAGAGUCUUCUAGCUUGGUGCAGUAUGACCUUGUUGGACAAACAGUAUCUAGUGGCACUGUUAAAUCCAUUACAGGAGAAUAUGUCGUGAUGACAGUCUAUUUUCACUUGAGAAGGAAAAUGGGUUAUUUCAUGAUCCAAACUUAUAUACCCUGUAUUAUGACGGUCAUUCUCUCUCAAGUCUCUUUUUGGAUUAAUAAGGAGUCUGUUCCAGCACGAACAGUUUUUGGUAUCACAACAGUUCUAACUAUGACAACACUAAGCAUCAGUGCUCGACACUCUCUGCCAAAGGUUUCCUAUGCCACAGCCAUGGACUGGUUUAUUGCAGUCUGCUUUGCAUUUGUGUUCUCUGCUCUGAUCGAAUUUGCUGCUGUUAACUACUUCACAAAUGUACAAGCUGAAAAAGCCAAAAAAAGGGCAGCCAAGCCUCCUGCAACAUCGCCACUGACUCCAAUAAAGACAGUGUCUGCCUCAGAGGUUGUACUUCAGCAGAGGCACCCUGAUUCCAAUGGCAAUUUAAGGAAGAGAAUGAACUUCUUGGCGCAAUCAGAUAUCCUUGGCGGUCAAAAAGAUCACUUGGGGAAUGAUAGCAAGAGUGUGACACCAAGACCAUCUAUAAUUGGCCAGGUACCUCCCUCAACUAUGGCGCCUCCUUCUGUGCCAAGUCCUGGUAAAUUUGGGCACACCCAUUCAUCCCCUACAUUACCAUUGAUGAGAAGCACACCACCACCCCCUCCUUGUACUCCCACAAUAACUUCACUGAGACCCACACCGGUUCAUCACCAAUGUGGAGCAACACUUGAACAGAACCUACUACCAUCUAGACUAUUUGGACAAACCUCAAAACAUUCUUCACCCACAACUGUUGUGGCUGCCCCAACCCUUCCUGCAGCUUCACCUGCAAAUAGUGGGACCAGCAAAAUUGACAAAUAUGCUCGCAUAAUUUUUCCAGUAACGUUUGGUGCAUUUAACAUGGUCUACUGGGUAGUCUACCUCUCAAAAGACACCAUGGAAAAAACAGAAGGUGAUUUGUAA